AUGACGGGUGCUAGUGAGAAAGUUGGGGAGCCCAUUGCCAUCGUGGGAAGCGCCUGCCGCUUUCCCGGUGAUGCAACCACCCCAUCCAAGCUGUGGGAGCUGCUCAAAGCCCCUCGUGAUGUUCUUAGUGAGAUCCCAGACAGCCGGUUCAGCACGAAGGCCUUUUACCACCCCGACGGACUCCACCAUGGCACAACAAAUGUUCGACACUCUUAUCUGUUGUCAGAUGAUCAUCGCUUGUUUGACGCUCAGUUCUUUGGAACGAAACCAGUGGAGGCAAACUCCAUCGACCCCCAACAAAGAUUGCUGCUCGAGACUGUCUAUGAGGGUCUCGAAGGGGCCGGAAUCCCCAUGGAGAGUCUUCAGGGGUCUGACACCGGUGUCUAUGUCGGGCUCAUGACAAACGACUACGCGGACAUGCUUGGUCGAGAUGUCCAAAAUUUCCCCACCUACUUCGCGUCCGGCACUGCGCGAAGCAUUCUGUCUAACCGAAUCUCCUACUUUUUCGAUUGGCGUGGGCCAUCGAUGACAAUCGACACAGCAUGUUCCUCGAGCCUGAUCGCACUCCACCAAGCUGUGCAGAGUCUCCGCAGCGGUGAGACCACCGUAGCGGUGGCUGCGGGAACAAAUCUGUUGCUGGGACCCGAACAGUACAUCGCAGAGAGCAAGCUGAAGAUGCUUUCUUCAACUGGUCGCUCACGAAUGUGGGACAAAGGUGCCAAUGGAUACGCACGAGGUGAUGGUAUUGCCGCAGUCAUUUUAAAGCCAUUAUCUGCCGCGCUGGCCGAUGGUGAUCACAUCGAAUGCAUUGUUAGGGAGACCGGUGCCAAUCAGGACGGCCGUACGAAAGGAAUCACGAUGCCCAACCCGAUGGCCCAGGCAGACCUUAUUCGGACAACAUACGCCCGAGCUGGGCUUGAUCUUUCCAAAAAUACAGACAGGCCGCAGUAUUUCGAGGCUCAUGGAACUGGAACUCCGGCGGGCGACCCGGUCGAGGCCGAGGCCAUCAGCACCGCAUUCUUCGGAUCAACCGCCAACUAUGAGAGAAAGAGUGAUGAUGAGGACCCUUUGUACGUCGGAUCAAUCAAAACAGUGAUUGGGCACACCGAAGGUACAGCUGGACUGGCCGCUGUCCUCAAGGCGUCUCUGGCUCUUCAAAAUGCAGUCAUUCCACCCAACUUACUCUUGGACGAGUUAAGCUCGACCGUUCGACCAUUCUACACCGACCUUCAAAUUUUGACCGAGGCCCGCGAAUGGCCUGCCCUCCCAGAAAACACGCCGCGCCGUGCGAGUGUCAACAGCUUCGGGUUUGGUGGAGCGAAUGCUCAUGCUAUCCUAGAGGAAUACAACCCAAGUUACCUCAACCAAAAGUCGGCAAUUGUUGCCAGUGCCGCUAUGUCGCCGUUCAAUUUCUCUGCAUCGUCUGAAAAGUCGCUACUUGCGAACGUCGCGGCAUACUCAUCGUAUGUGAGAAACAACCCUGGUAUCGAUCUGCGUGCUUUGUCAUGGACUUUGAAUUGUCGACGCUCGACGCUGCCAGUUCGCCUUUCAGUCUCUGCAUUGACGACAGAGGCUCUUAUUGCGAGGUUGGAUGAGGCAGUACAAUCUUCCGCCAUCACUCCAAGUACACAGACUGCGAAUGUCCGCGCGCCGAAGCUUUUGGGCGUGUUUACCGGACAGGGUGCACAGUGGGCUCGUAUGGGAGCCGAAUUGCUCGAAAGUUCGCUCAUAGUCAAGGAUUGUAUUGCUCGGCUUGACAAGUCAUUGCAGGAUUUGCCUACUGAACAUCGCCCUACUUGGUCCCUUCGAGAGGAAAUCCUGAAGGACAAGCACAGUUCCCGAAUCGGAGAGGCGGCAUUCUCCCAACCACUUUGCACUGCUAUCCAAAUCUCACUGGUGCAACUUCUGAGCGCAGCGGGUCUCAAAUUUACGGCCGUUGUUGGCCACUCUUCCGGCGAGAUCGCAGCUGCGUAUGCUGUCGGAUAUCUGAACGAAGGCGACGCCAUGAGGAUUGCGUAUUACCGUGGUUGGUCACUUCAAUACGCGAAUGACUUGGACGGACCAAAGGGCGCAAUGAUGGCUGCGGGUACCUCCUUCGAAGAUGCCAAAGAGCUUUGUGACAUGCCAACCCUGGCGAACAGAAUUUGCGUGGCUGCCAGUAACUCUUCUGCCAGCGUUACACUCUCUGGAGACGCCGAUGCGAUCGAAGAGGCUAGGGAGAUUCUGGAAGAUGAGAAGAAAUUCGCACGCAUGUUGAAAGUUGACAAAGCUUACCACUCUCAUCACAUGUUGUCUUGUGCGGCUCCUUACAUCGCCGCGAUACGCAAGUGUGGAAUUACCAUUCAGCAUCGCCCAAGAGGAAGCCCUACCUGGAUCUCUAGUGUUUACGGAGAGAACAUUGACAAAGUGAAUGAUAACCUUGCCGACACAUACUGGAGCAACAACAUGAUAAAUCCUGUCUUGUUUUCCCAGGCCGUUACAUAUGCUGUUGCCGCAGCUGGACCCUUUGAUAUGUCCAUUGAAGUUGGCCCCCAUCCUGCCCUGAAAGGGCCGGCCCUGCAAACUAUAUCCGAGGUUUCUGGCAAAACACUGCCCUAUACCGGGACGUUGAAUCGUGGCAAAAACGAUUUAGAGGCCUUCUCUUCAGCCCUCGGCGCCAUCUGGAUCGCACUGGGGGAGGGUGUUGUGGACUUCUCCGGCUUUGAUCGCAAAACGACUCAAGACAAUCAAACACCAUGCUUGCUCAAAGGACUUCCAUCGUAUUCAUGGGACCACGAUAGGGUUUAUUGGCACGAAUCACGAUCCUCCCUGAUGUUCCGCACUGAAAGCCAGCCUUUCCAUCCAUUGCUUGGUGUCAAAUGCCCUGAUGGCACCGACAAAGAGAUACGCUGGAGAAAUUAUCUUCACCCGCGUGAGGUUUCAUGGCUAGCGCACCACCAGGUUCAGGGGCAAAUGGUUUUCCCAGCAGCUGGAUACAUCUCUGCUGCAGUCGAAUCUGUUGUUCAGAAAUACGGAUUAGGAUCUUUGCAGCUAAUCGACUUCCAUGACAUCGUCAUCGGCCAAGCUCUAGUGCUUGAGGAGAACGGUGGCGUUGAAACUGUCUUCAGACUUUCCAUUGAUCAAGUUGAAGGAGACCUCAUCUCGGCAUCCUUUGCCUGUCACUCUGACGCCAACAAGGGAUCAUCCACAAUGUCCCUGCAUGCGUCGGCAAAGUUGAAAAUUACAUUAGGGGAUGCCAGGAACGACCUUCUUCCCAAGCGGAAUGAGCAUUCAGGCCUCUUCCUUGAAUUGGAGACUGAUAGGUUCUACAACUCCGUCUCUGAACUUGGCUUUGGGUACACAGGCCCCUUCCAGGCGCUGUCCGGCUUGCGUAGGAAAAUGGACGAGGCCUCGGGGCUCAUUGCUGUCCCGGAACGCGAUGAAACUGGACAUUCACUCAUCAUUCACCCUGGUUCUCUUGACGGUGCUAUACAGUCCAUUAUGCUUGCAUACUCCUUCCCAGGUGACGGGCGUUUGCGCACCCUCUAUCUGCCCACCCGCAUUGACCGGCUCUGUGUCAACCCAUCGGCCUGUGUUGCUCUCGGUGCUCCGGGAUCCAAUCUGCCGUUCCACUCUGUGGUCACCGAAGCUCGGUUCUCUGAACUCUCCGGUGAUGUUGACAUAUUCUCCGCGGAUGGCGUCGAUACCCUGAUUCAACUGGAAGGACUUCACACGACCCCGCUCAGUCCACUAACAUCCUCCAACGACGUUCCAUUCUUUACAGAAGUCACAUGGGGCGUGGAUAAGCCCACGGGGCGGGGCUUCAACAUCGAUGACGAAAUGAAAAUACACGAACACUCCCUGGGUUUGGAUCUUGAACGUGUCGCUCACUUCUAUUUCAAGGAGAUCAACCGCGUCCUUGAACCCGCAGAACGCGCGAAUGCGGCUUGGAAUCAUGUCCAUCUUCUUUCCUACAUUGAGCAUUGUGUUUCGUCUGUUGCCAGUGGCCGGCAUAAGUAUGGGAAGCUAGAAUGGGCCAGCGAUACCAUUGAUAACAUUUCGCCAAUUUUGGAACGCCACUCCGAUCAUAUUGAAAUCCAGGCACUGCGCGAGAUCGGCGAAAACCUGCCGGCAGUCAUUCGCGGGAAUGAAAACCUGCUUGAGAUCCUAAUGAAGGAGGACAUGCUAUCCAAAAUCUACACUCAGUCCCUUGGAAUCGGCGCUUACUUGGAUGAGGUUGCUCGAGUCGCUCAUCAGAUCAGUCACCGAUAUCCCCAUCUCAACGUUUUAGAAAUUGGAGCCGGAGCUGGUGGUACUUCAGAACGAGUGAUGAAUGCAAUGGGAUCGGCUUUUGCUUCAUACACAUACUCUGACAUCCUCGACACACAGUUCGAUGCCGCUCGUGAAAAGCUCUCGGAAUUCCAAUCACGGAUGGCGUUCAAGGUGCUAGACAUUGAACGGGACCUGGGCGAGCAAGAUUUCCAGGAGACCUGCUUCGACCUUGUCAUUGCUCCCUUGGCCCUUUAUGCCACCAAAAACCUUGAAUCGACACUCACCAAUGUCCGCAAACUCCUCAAGCCUGGUGGCUAUCUCAUUUUACUCGAGAUUACAGACCCAGAUACAAUGCGCUUUGGACUUAUGCUAGGGGGUCUCCCGGGAUGGUGGCUCGGAGUUGAAGAAGGUCGAACUUUGUCCCCAUGCAUCUCUGUCAGCAAGUGGGAAACAUUGAUGAAACAGGCAGGAUUCUCGAGGUUCGAGGCAGUGGCACCCUGUUCAUCAACCUCGCCUGUGCCGUUUUCUGUCAUGGUCACCCAAGCGGUUGACCAUCGUAUCAACUUCCUCCGUGACCCAUUGACUCCAGUCCACCAACCACUGGCAGUAGACGCCCUGACCAUCAUUGGCGGCAAGACACCUUUGACAUCCCAACUCAUUGCCGAUAUCAAAGUUGCUGUCCGCCGUCAUUACAGCAAUAUCUACACUGUCAACUCGUUGGGCGAUCUCGUUCCUGAAGAACUCCCGGUCAUGGGUACUGUCGUCAGCCUCAUCGAACUUGAUGAGCCGGUGUUCAACCACAUGUCUGCCGAGGGCUUGAAGUCCUUCCAAGAGCUAUUCAAGAAGAGCAAAAAUGUACUCUGGCUAGGCCAUGGGGCACAGGGCACCAAUCCUCACGCCAAUAUGUUCGCCGGAGUUCAGCGCACGUUGAUAAUUGAAAUGACUCAUCUUCAUAUUCAUUUCCUUAAUCUGAACUCACUUGCUGAUGCGGAUGGCAAUAUCAUCGCGACAAAACUUCUCCAUCUUGAAGCUGCUGAAAUCUGGGACCAGAAUGGCCAGCUUGACGGUAUACUUUGGUCCAACGAGGCAGAGCUGCUACUGGAGAAUGGACAGUUCAAAGUGCCUCGAUUCCGGCUUAAUACUCUUCGAAACAACCGAUACAACUCCUCGAAGCGACUCAUAACUAAAGAAGUUCCUCGUGCUGGACCUGUCGUCACGGUCCAGCCAACCAAUAUGGGGUACCUUGUUGAGGAACAAAACCUGCGUGCACCGCUUGUGCCCUCAAAUCAUGUCGAAAUUCACGUCACUCACUCCAUGUUACGCGCCGCUAGACUCACCGAAACAAGCAGUCUCUUCCUGGUGACCGGCAAAAAGGCACAAACCGACGAGUACGUGGUGGCUUUAUCCAACACUCUCAAUUCCCGAGUCCAUGUACCGCAAAGUCUAGUUGUACAAUGCGGAGAGACUGAGGAGCAUGGGCUUCGCUCGUUGGUCACGCUCUAUCUUCACUUGCUGGCCCUUUCCAUCUUCCAUAGAACCAAGGCCGGAGAUACACUGGCUGUGCUUGAUCCUGACUUCUCCUUGGCCCCGCUCUUGACAAGAUAUGCAACUGAAACAGGUGUGCAACUUGUACUGUUGACUACAAAAGAAGGGCACUGUUCUUGGCCAUGGAUUCGAAUCCACCCGAAUUCGACCAAGCGAGAGCUACUGAACAAUUUGCCUCGCAACAUUGUGCGUCUUAUCAAGAUGGGUGGAAGCGAGGAAGUAUUUUCGCUACUUGGGUCCUGCUUCAAACCCAAUUGUCAAUUUGAGACCGAGGCCACUUUGACAGCUAACUUGCCUUCAUCUGAUUACUUAUCAGACAUGAGUGAGAUCACCAUGCAGCUCCAAAGGGCGUGGAGAAGGACAGAAUACGACCUGCUCCCUGUUGAUGCGCUGAACCUUCCGUCUCUAGAAUUAGAUGAUCUUAUUCGCGCCCAUCAACCUUUCAUGACCCAGUCCCUGGUUACUUGGAGCGAGUCCAGACUCUCUGUUCAGGUUCAACCAGCAACAAAACAUGUCAAGUUCUCCAAGGACAGGACAUAUUGGCUCGUUGGGCUAACUGGUGGGCUCGGCUUAUCACUUUGUCAGUGGAUGAGUCGGCAAGGUGCACGCUACAUUGCUUUGUCUAGUCGAAACCCAAAGAUUGAUGACCAAUGGCUGGGGCGCAUGGCUGCUGAUGGGUGUACAGUCCGUGUUUUUUCCAAUGAUAUCACAAACCGCGAAUCAGUGCAAUCAACAUAUCGCCGGAUCAAGGAAACAAUGCCUCCAAUUGCGGGUGUCGCACAAGGUGCUAUGGUUCUCCAAGACACCAUGUUCAUCGAUCUUGAUCUUCCUCGCCUUGAAAAGGUCCUGCUCCCCAAGGUACAGGGCAGUAUCCUGUUGGAUGAAUUGUUCCCUGAAAAUACCCUGGAGUUCAUGGUGUUCUUCUCUUCGAUGGCUGCGAUGACGGGAAACCCAGGUCAGGUUGCCUACAAUGCAGCAAACAUGUUCAUGGCAAGUUUGGCUGCUCAACGCCGACAGCGUGGCUUAGCGGGACAUGCUAUCAACAUCGGGGCCAUCGUAGGCAACGGCUACGUGACACGAGAAUUGAACAUGGGCCAGCAGUCCUAUCUUUACCGCGUUGGUCAUUCCUGGAUGUCCGAGCAGGACUUCCAUGAAGUAUUCGCGGAAGGAGUUUUGUCUUGCUUGGAUAGAGUGGGAAGCGCUGAAUUAUGCUGCGGUCUGAGAAUAGACGACGACGAGUCUAAGAUAUGGGUUUCGAACCCCAUGUUCCAACACCUGGUGUAUAAAUCGAGCAGCUUGGUGGUCGCCGACAAGAAAGGCAAAUCAGGGGUUUUGAUCAAAACGCGGCUGUUUGAAGCCACUUCAAACCAGGAGGUUAACGAGAUUUUGCAAGAUGGCUUUAUUCUGAAGCUCCAAUCCGCAUUACAGGCAGAUCCAAGUAAGCCGAUGCUGGAAAUGAGUCCGGAUGAGCUUGGUGUCGACUCUUUGGUUGCUGUUGAUCUCCGUUCAUGGUUCCUGAAAGAAUUGGGGGUUGACAUGCCGGUGCUCAAAAUUUUCAAUGCAGCAUCGAUUCGAGAGCUGUUGGAGAACGCCGUCGAAGCUCUUCCCGCAGCAUUGGUUCCAAAUCUCAACAUUGAGAAUCAGCCGGUGAACAGCACCUCGAUCGAGCCAGUGGCUUUACCUUCCGUGGUGGACCACUCUGUUAAUGCUCUCCCGGUGAGCGCAGUGGAAAUAGAGUCGAAUGAGCACCUCACGAGCGACCGGUUCGCUAUCCCAGAUGCAACGCACGCUUACAGUGCUAGUUCCGCUACAUCCCUGAACGCCGACGACUCGAACUCCGAAAACAACGAAGAUACGUCAUCGUCAAUUUCCAGUGAGCCUAGCGAGGUGGGACCCAUGAAGCGCGAGGUUGCAAGAACCGUUCCAAUGUCAUAUGGACAGUCGCGAUUUUGGUUCUUGGGACAUUUGGUGGAGAACAAAACCGCCUUCAACAUCACACCCACAUUCAAGCUAAGUGGUCGACUCAGAGUUGCAGAUUUUGCCAGGGCGAUAGAAUUGGCCGGGCAACACCACGAAGCGCUGCGGACCUUCUUCUUUACCGAUGAAGAGCGGAACCACAUGCAGGGCAUUUGGUCCGAAUCGAGUUUGCGACUUGAGCAUACUGAAAUUUCCGACGAGAACGAGGUCGCAGUCAUCACUCAACAGAUGAAGGACCAUGUUUUCAAUCUUUCGGAUGGUGAGAUCAUGCGUGCUCAUCUGCUUUCACUCGGCCCUGAAACACAUUGGUUGGUCUUUGGCUUCCACCAUAUCAACAUGGAUGGUAUCAGCUUCGAGAUCUUUUGGUCAGACGUGGAGAAGGUCUACCAAGGCCAACCACUUUCCGAGGACGGACUACAAUACGCAGACUUUACGUUGAGACAAAUUCGAGAACGUGAGGAUGGCGACUGGGCUGCAGACCUAGCAUACUGGAAAUCUCAAUUCAAGGAAAUCCCAACAGUGAUUCCCCUGUUUCCAUUCGCAGUUGAGUCCGGGCGCCCCAAGAUCGCGCAAUUCGAAUCCGAAACCACGGUUGUACGUCUGGAAGCGAGCGUCUCGGAGGCUAUCGAGCAGUGUUGCCGAAUGUUCAAAUCAACCCCCUUCCACUUCCACCUAGCGGUUUGGCAGAUCUUCCUCUUGCGCUGGUUCAAUCUGGAGCAUAUAUGUAUUGGUCUUGGCGAUGGAAACCGCACAGAGGCCGAUAUCAUCCGCAGCGUGGGUCUCUACCUGAACCUACUUCCCCUCAAGCUCUCUCAACAGCCAGGGCAAUCGUUCGGGGAGUGUUUGAAGCAAGCUAGGGAUAUUUCACAGGGAGCCUUUGCCCACUCGCGAGUGCCUUUCGAUGUGAUCCUAGCAGAGCUCGAUGUUCAAAGGUCGGCCUCGCACAAUCCCCUGUGUCAAGUCAUUUUCAACUAUCGACCGAAAGCUGAGCAGUCCCGACAAUUCUGUGGGCUUGUCGCUGAGGGCUCCCUUAUGAGUGGCGGGGAGACCUCAUUUGACAUUGGCCUAGAUGUCGCUAAUGUGGGUGGAGGCGAAACACUGGUUCAUCUCACAGUCCAAAAGAGUCUCUAUGGGAUGGAACAUGCCAACAUCAUGAUCCGCUCCUACCUGAACCUUCUGCAUUCUUUCCUUCAGAAUCCAGCUACCCGGGUGACCUGGCCUGAACUGCACCCCAAAGAAGACAUCGAGAGAGCGGUGGUAGCAGGGCGAGGCAAAGAAUGCCCCCCUACCAUUGUUCACCAGCUGUCUGAAGUCACUUCACUGUAUCCCGAUCGCAUUGCAGUGAAGAACCACGACGGGAGCUCUCUCACAUAUACUGAGAUUCAUCACCGAAUCAAUGUGAUUGCAACUGAGCUAUUGAGAAACGGAGCCGGCUCGGGAACGCGGGUCGGCGUUUUCCAAGCGCCCGGUUCAGACUGGAUUUGUUCCAUGCUGGCAAUUUUCCGCAUUGGUGGUACUUAUGUGCCAUUGGACAAGAAGGCUGGCAUCGAACGACUUGCAAUGAUUGCAGAAGAAACAACCACGCAGGUGAUUCUUCUCGACACUACCACCGUGUCUGACUACGGUCUUUUGCACACUACAGCCGAGCCUAUCAACGUCAGUAACCUACGCGGCUCGGUUGCUGGUCUUGUGCCAAAUAUGGCAGCCUCGGAUCAAACGGCCGUCAUAAUGUAUACCAGUGGGUCAACUGGGGCUCCGAAGGGGAUCAUGAUUUCCCAUUCGGCAUAUGUUCACCAUGCCCAGUCUGCCAGUGAGCUGUGGAAGUUUGCACCUGGGUCUGAGAUUGUUCUUCACCAAUCUUCAUACGCCUGGGAUGCCGCUUUGUGGCAGCUUGUUGUUUCUCUGUGCAUUGGCGCCACAAUUGUUGUUGCCUCCAGUCUCGUUCGAGGUGACCCUGUUGCUAUUACCGAUCUCAUCCUCUCGGAGAAUGUGACAUGCACCCUGGCCACACCAACAGAGUAUCUGGCUUGGCUUCGCCAUGACAGUUCCAAGUUGCGAGCCUCUAGCUUGACCACUGCUAUCACCGCUGGCGAGUUCUUGCCAAAUGGAUUGAUCAGUGCGUUCAGAGCUGUUCAGAAGCAUGACUUGAGAUUGAUCAAUGCCUAUGGACCAGCCGAGAUCACUUUUGCUUCCUCCGCCAAAGAGGUCGAGUAUAACUUGCCACUUGAAGUUGGAUCCCUUCCCCAACCUCUACUCACUUUGCCCAACUACUCGGUGUACAUUGUUGACCAAAUGCUGAAUACCCUUCCCGUUGGAGUUCCUGGCGAGGUUGUCAUCGCGGGAGCAGGUGUUGCCCAGGGCUAUCUCAAUGGCUUGAAAACAUCUGAGCGCUUUUUAGAAGACCCGCACGCCAGCGAAUUCUUCCGUGAGAAAGGAUGGAAUUCGAUGUACCGGACUGGUGAUCGCGGGAAAUUGGUGCAAGACGAAGGAUUGGUCCUUCUAGGACGCAUGGAUGGCGACAAUCAGGUCAAACUGCGAGGCAUGAGAAUCAAUCUCGAAGAAAUCGAGACUGCCAUUGUCAAGGCUUCGGGUGGGUCUAUCACACAGGUGAUAGUCUCUGUUCGAUCGGAUCCCGGCUCUAGCAACGAUAACCAAUUCCUUGUUGCCUUCGCCAUGAUGACCGAGACAGAAUCUCCCGAGACUUCGAUGCCGUUAUUGAACCGAAUUCUCCGGGAGGUGCCCUUACCAAUUCACAUGCGACCAGCUGCGAUCGUCCCCAUCGACAGCUUCCCUCAAAACACCUCGGGUAAGACGGAUCGAGCAGCUGUCAACCAGAUCUCUAUUCCUCUCCUCGCACCCCAGAACCAUGAUAGUGCGGUCCUUUCCAUCUUUGAAGAACGACUGCGCCAACUUUGGCAACAGGCGCUUCCCCAGGAAGUCGCAAAAUACCAUGCAAUCGACUCCCAGUCGGACUUCUUCCAUGUCGGUGGGUCGUCUAUCGCCUUGGUCAAUCUUCAAGCGCUUAUCAAAGAGCAUCUCGGUGUCUCUGUGGCCUUGUAUCAAUUAUUUGAGGCAAGCACUUUGCAUGCGAUGGCGUCGAAGAUUCAAACCAGCUCUUCUUCUGACGUGCCGCAAGAUGUGGACUGGGAUGCAGAAGUUCAAAUUACGCCUGAUGUUGCACCAUGUCUGAAUGACAGUGACGCCCAUAUCAUUCCCUCCGGUGUCGGAGUCGUGGUUCUCACCGGGGCCACCGGGUUCCUGGGAAAGGAAGUCCUGCGACUUCUUUUGAACGACGAAAAGGUUCUUUUGGUUCAAUGUCUCGCGGUUCGAAAACGGUCUGCUGCGCUCCCUGACUUAUUUGCCCACCCAAAGGUUCGCCUGCAUUAUGGAGAUCUGGGCGCACCUUUGUUAGGACUGUCGGCGCCUGAAGCCAAGACCAUCUUCUCUUGCGCGGAUAUUGUCAUUCACAAUGGAGCUGACGUGUCUUUCAUGAAAUCAUACCAGUCUCUGAAGUUGAUCAACGUUGCAUCGACCAAGGAGCUCGCCAAACUUGCUUUGCCUAGGCGGAUUCCAUUCCACUUUAUCUCUUCCGCCGGCGUUGCGCGUCUCGCAGGUCAAGAGACCUUCGGCGAAGUCUCUGUUGCGCCUUUCCCUCCCCCGUCUCCGCCAGCAGAUGGAUACACUGCCGCCAAGUGGGUGAGUGAGGUCUACUUGGAACAUAUUCAUCAGCAAUUUGGUCUCCCUCUAUGGAUCCACCGUCCGUCGAGCAUCACUGGAACGGAUGCCCCUGAACUCGACUUGAUGGGCAAUGUCAUGCGAUACGCCAAGGAAACCCAGAAACUGCCAGACUCAAGCCUCUGGACCGGCGUCUUUGACCUUAUCUCAGUGGAGUCGGCUGCAAGUCAAAUUUUGGACCGCGUUUACGAGUCCAGUGUUUCCGCCACGCGAGCGAGCGAUGUUACAUAUUGCUAUGAGUCUGGUGAGAUGGAGAUCGGUCGUGAUGAGAUCAUGCCUCUCCUAGAGUCUGGAACCGGGCUUGGGUUUGAGGUUGUUCCUCUGGACGAUUGGAUCAAUUGUGCGGAAGAAGCAGGAAUGAAUCGUCUGCUUGGUGAAUAUUUGCGCGGAUCAUCGGAUGGGCAAGUUUUACUUCCACGAUUGCAGAAAGCAAGUGGAUACGUGGCACAGAACUGA